AUGCAUUUCUCUAGGUCGACUCUCAUAUGGGCAUUCUAUCGAACACCCUCUGCAUUUGAAGAUUCUACUCUAUUUGGUUCUCGUUCUCUUCCUCAAAAGUCUAGCAUCCAUAUCUUCCAUAGGUCUUUCUUGAUUCUUGCUUCUGGUCAUAGUCGUGUUGAGGAUAGCCUUGCUCUGAUACCAAUUGAUGCACAAACAACGGCAAUCAGUAAUCGGGUGGAUAUUGUUAAUCUAGGAACAGUAGUUCGAAGAAGAGGAUGGCCUACAUUGAGGAUAAACGUUAAUGUGAGGCCUCCAAUUGAACCAACGAAUUCAUUUAACGACGACAAUGAUUCGAUUGGAAAUGAAAGAUUGGGUGAUCAUUCAAAGGAGAGCUUGGGUGAUAAUUUAAAUGAGAGUUUGGGUGAUCAUUCAAUGAAUAUACAUGAUGAUCCAACUAAUGUGGAAAAUCAACCAGUAGAUGCGGAAGACCCCGAACCCAAAUGUUGUGAAGAAAUGCAGGCAAGGAAAUAUGAGUGUUUGGAUAGAUUUCAUAUUUAUAAGUACAUUGGCGAAAAUAGCUGUGGCGUUGAACAUGCCAAUAGUAGCCAUAGAAAAAUUUCAAUCAAAGUCAUUACUUCACUUUGUGUAAAUAUGUAUCGUGAUGACAAGGGUCCAAAUGUUAACGAGAUUCAAAGAGCUUUGUUUAAUUAUUUUCAUUGUAGUCUAAGCUAUUGGAAAUGUUGGAAGGGUGGUGUGGUUGCUAAUGAAAUGGUCCGAGGGACAGCGGAGAACAAAUAUUCAUGCUUACAAGCUUUUUCUUACAUGUUCGAGACACUUAAUGUUGGUUCUAGUUAUUGUCUGAUGGUAAACGAGGAUAGUCAUAGGUUCAUGUAUUAUUUCUUAUCCUUUGGUGCUUGCAUUAAGGGAUUUUCUCACAUGAGAAAGGUAAUUGCGGUUGAUGGCACUCAUUUACAUGGUAAUUACGAGGGCGUGUUGUUGAGCAUUGUUGCACAAGAUACGGAGAAUCAUGUUUAUUCGAUUGUUUUUUGUGUCGUGGACAAAGAGAAUGAUGCAUCUAGGACAUUCUUCUUUGAGAAAUUGAAGGAGAUUGUGGUCGAUGAACCAGAUUUGUGUUUUAUCUCCGAUAGACACAAGAGUAUCGCCAACGGUAUUGUGAACGUUUACAAUCAUGCUCACCACGGAUAUUGUAUAAUGAACCUCGAUAAAAAUCUUCGUGUAAAUCAUCAUUAUGCAGAUUAUCUUUAUCUUUACUAUAAUGCGGCAAAGACUUAUUCUUUGGAGGAGUUUGACAUUUAUUUUGUAGAAUUCAAGAACAAAUGGCCCGUUGCAGCUGUCGUCCUUGAGCAUGAUAUUGGUUUUGAGAAGUGGAGUAGGACACAUUUUCCUGGCAAUAGAUAUGAUGUUAUGACCACAAAUAUCGUCGAGUCACUCAAUGCGAUGUUGAUAGACGAAAGAGAGUAUCCCGUGACAUCUAUAUUUAAUUCGAUUGCUAAGAGGGAUGGCAAUAAAUUUACCGUGUUCGGUGCGGGUGUUACUGUCUAUGUGGACCUACUGGAAAAGUCAUGUUCACGUAGGGAAUAUGACUUGAUCAAGAUACCUUGUGCUCACGCGAUGGCCGCUUUGCGAUCGAAGCAUGGCAAUGAGUAUGGUAUGAGCAUCUAUGAGUACUCUUCGCCUUUGUAUAAAGUUGAAGCUGCGUACCUCUUUGCAUACAUUGAUUCUAUUAAUGUUGUCCCUCUCGAGUCGGAAUGGUGUGUUCCAGAAGAAUUGCGCUUAGUGUGA